AUGUUUACUAACUUACUCGUAUCUUCAAGAGUUUUUGUCAAAGGUCACGCACAGAUCGAGCGCGGGAGGCCGGAAAAGCUGCUGCUUAGACGCCCAUACGGGACGAAAGCACCUCAUAAAGGUUCUCUCUUGUUUCUAUUGAGUGAAGUUGCAGAUGAGAAACCCAACCGAGAUAGUGAGGAAAAAUUCUCUUUUGGUUACCUUCGCUCGUCGGAGGAGGACCCGAAGCCAGAGAGUCAAUUGGCGGAAAUCCGAGACUUUCUGCCACCAACGCUACGGGAAUAUGUCGAUUUCACAAACUCAGAAGCGAAACGAAACCUAGACUUAACAGAAAAGAAUCUUGAUAUGAAAGCUAUUUUGAAACCCAAGUCUCGACCGCCUGACACGAGGCAAUUUGACAUUUCGUUGUAUUCCAUCGCAGAACUCGCGGAGGACUAUCAUGUGCCACCCGAGUGGCUGAUCGAAGUCCUUGUGGAUAUUGGUCUUGAUCUUCCAAUACGGCUCUCUGAUACUCUUACUGACUUGGGCGCCUCAGACGACGAUAUCCAAGAGCUUAUCAAUCGAUUGCAUGGAGUGAGCCGCGAAGAUGUUCUUGACUGGUAUACAGAUGAGACUCUUGAGGAGUAUGCCACAGAGUACGGAGUCGAUCUCGACGAAAUGCUUGCAGCAGCAGCCGAGGUGGGAAUUUUAUUAUCGAUGGGCCCUUUGACGAGAAUUCGGCGUGAGCAGCGGACACAGCUUUUUAAACGACUUGGCAUAUUCACAUGA